GGAAUGUGUAUGCCAUCAUGGCCGCCGGUUGUACAGAGCCUUGGAAGAUAGCUCCACUGCAUAAAUGAAGGAGAGAUUAAAAGAGGAGAAAGAUUCGGUAUCUGAAAACAGACUUUUCAUCCUGGUGUUCCCCAUCUUCUACCUUGUAUGUCUCCCAAAGUCACGAAGGCGUUCCUUAAUCUAGAUUAUAUUAAAUACCAUGGGCUGGAGAUUUACCAAAAGACCACUGUUUGCAAGAUUUCGCCCGGCUUAGAAAAGAACCGUGAAAAGCAGGAGCUAUUGUGGGGGAUCCCGCAAUGGCACCUUGCAACCACGAUGAAGUGGAACCUGCUAGUGCUGCUACCUGCUGUGUUCUUGCGGUCAUUUUUCUGGCAGUCUUGCUUCCUCACCUCGUGGCUUUGGUGAGCGGUUCGUCAAGUGUGAGUGAUCCCGCAGCAGCACAAACCCUCCCUUCACCCACUGCGCGGACCCCAAAAUGCGACCGCAUGUUUAUCAGCAAUCCAGAAGGACCGAAAAAUGGCACCUUCACUUCUCCAGACAUGUCUAUUCCUGAAGGUCACUCGCGGCAGUGUAUCUACACAUUCAUCGCAAGCGAAAACGAAAGGGUUCGGGUCACUUUUGGAAGAUUCAACCUCCGAGGAGCCAGUCCUGAGUGCAAUCAUGAAUAUAUUGACCUGUACGCGGAGAUUGAGGACGCGAGCAUGGAGCUGAUCCGAACACCUUUCGGAGGACGAUAUUGCGGUAGAUACCGGCCGCGGAACCGCAUCUCUAUGUAUAAAACUUUAGUUGUUGCCUUCUACACAGAUGAACGUCACGUGACUUCGGAAGCCUUUGAAGGCUUCUAUGAAUUCAUCAAUGCCUCUCAAUACGUUUUGGGGACGCCAUCUCCCGAUUCCGUCUGCAGUUUUACAGUAUUUAGCGACAAGCAACAAACGGGAGAAUUCAAAUCCCCUACUUAUCCAGGAGCUUAUCCGAAAAACCUCGAUUGCUUUUAUCGCUUCCUGGGAAAGAAAAAUGAACGAGUCCGUCUGGAGUUCAUGGAUUUCGAUCUCGUUUUCGGAGGUGCACAUUGUCCUUUCGAUUAUGUCAAAGUUUACGAUGGUAUAACGACGGAAGAUCCACUCAUAGGAACAUACUGUGGACAACAGAGGAAUUUAGUCAUCUAUUCGUCUGCUGAGAAUGUUUCGGUGCAAUUUAUCACUCUUCAAAGAACAGCUGAGAGUGAGAAUCGAGGAUUCUCCGGACAUUUCGAAUUCAAUAACAGCUUCGUCAGUCUAGAAUUUAUUGGGCAAAAUGAUGGAGAACACAUUCGUGGAACUGAGUGCGACCAAAAGAUUCUGAGUAAAAAGGAAUCCUCUGGAAACGUGUAUUCUCCGAAUUAUCCAUAUCCUUAUAAUUAUCCUAGUCUUUGCAAAUACUAUAUUUAUGGACUUCAAGACAACCAAGAUUUAGAAAGGGUCAGGCUCGAAUUCGAAAAAUUUGGAAUUCCGAAAAAAGAUGCAGACUGUACUGAUGGAGGUUUCUUGAGAAUUUACUUACAAGGCCAAGAGGAACGGCAAGCAUUGGACGAAUUCGAUCUAAAUCUAUGUGGUUCAGAAACAGAUUUACCACCCACCGUUAUAUCAGAAGGUCCACGUUUAGCCAUGAUCUUUAGUAGUGGACAAUCAACGGGUCAAGGAUUUAAAGCAAGAUACAUUUUUGAAACAGACUACAAGGUUCCAGGCACCCCUUUUCCUGACGGUACGUGUCACUUUACAUACCUCAGUACAAGUGCACUGAAAGGAGAAUUUAAUUCACCAAGAUAUCCCGCCAACUAUCCAUCAAAUACAAGUUGUCAAUAUAUCUUUCAAGGGGAGCCUGGUACACAGAUAAAAAUUGUUUUCAACUAUUUCAGAACUAAAACAAGUGAUACUGCCAGCACUGGAUAUAAUGAUGAUUGUACAGAAGAUUGGCUGGAAAUUUACGAAGUUUAUCCAAAUGACCGUGAAAACAAGAUUGGACGCUAUUGCACUAGAUCCACUCCAGGGCCUAUUGUGUCUGACAAGGAAGCGCAUACCAUGAAAGUAGUACUUCACACCGAUGCUCAAGGUGUGGCCAGUGGUUUCAUCGCGACAUACAACUUUAUAACUCCCGACAAAAAAUUUGAUGAAUGUGGAUUCAACAGCAGUGAGGGACAGACCUAUGGAAUAAUAACGAGUCCAGGUUUUCCAGAAAGAUAUAAGGAUAGAAGACAAGUCUGUCACUGGUAUAUAAGUGUCAGACCGAGCUCCAAAAUAUUACUUUUAUUCUCAUUCUUUCGUCUUGAAGGAGACCCCACGGAGAGAGGCUGCCCUGGUGCUGUUGUGAGAGUGUGGAAAAAUCUAAGUCAGCCACCCUCUGAAAUGUGUGGCAUGGAUGCUUCAAACGGUACUCUUGAAAUCUUAUCCACAUCGAGCAUACUAAAGCUUUCUUUUGCAACAGCAGAAAAAGCAAUUGGAGCGGAAGGUUUUAAAGCUGUAUGGACAGAAAUCACAGAAACUGAAGACUGCGAUCAGUUAAAGUGUCGAGACAGCGGAUAUUGUAUUGCAGGCAAUUUAAGAUGCAAUAAAGAACCCAAUUGUGGGUGGAGUGACAGAAGUGACGAAGAAGAAUGCGAAAAAUUACCAACUGUCAACGUAUAUCUCAUCGUAGGCCUAACAAUGGGAAUUGCGUUUACUAUAUUUUUGACCAUCUGUUUGUUUUGCCAUCGAAAGCGGAAAAGACGGCGGCACCAUCACCAUCAUCCUCAUCAGUUUCCACCACCGCCCUUUCAGCCGAGGCAAAAAAGAAGUCCCACAUUCGAUCCUCGGGAUUUCGGACCCAUGAAUUUCGUAAGCAUCGAUACCGUCUGACAAUCGGAGAAUAUCGGAGACCCUAUGAAAUAUAUCGACACCUUACCACCUCCUGAAGACAGGUGGUCAACUUUUGACUAAAUCUGAGAUUUUUAGAAGAAAAAUGAAGUUCUGCAAGGAAAUCCCCAACCGUUGAAGAAAUAUGCUCAGAUACAAAUUUUUAAAAGAAGUCUCUGACAUUAGAAGAAUCAUUUUAAUCAAUUUAUCGCAUAGAAAUGACAAGUGUAACUAGAGAAAAAUUGGUUCUUUUAGUGCUGAUUCACUGCCUAUAAAAAGUGCCAUAGAAUGGUAUCUUCUACUUAAGAUGACAAAGAUGUGUACGUGUUUGCCUGUGGCACAUGAAAAGUGCCAUGGAAUGAUAUCGUUUACUUAAGAUGACGAAAGAGGAUUUGCGUUUGCCAGUGGCAUAAAACUGUGAAAGUUGUCUUCGUUAAAAAGAAAACUAGUGUUAUUAAUAGUUUUUUAAGUUGUUUGAUUGAUCAUUAACUAUUAUUAAUAGAAUUUAAAUACUUAUUCUAAUUAGUAAAAAAUUUAGGAGUUGAAAUAUGUUGAGAAAAUACUUUUGAAUAUUCACCAUUAAGUUUGACUUCAUUACUACGUAGAUAAAAUCCUAAUUUAACUAAUGUUGUCAACAAUUUAGAUUUGGGAUAUUUGGUUGGCAAUUUAUAUGGUUACCAAAAUUUAAACGUUCAUCUAAAGCAACAAGACGAAAUAAGAUUUAAUAAUUUAAGCUAAAAUGCCUAGCAGUUUAAUUUGGCUAAAUUAUUGCCUAAAUAACUGUUUAACUAUUGACAGAUCAAUUCAUACAUAAUUGAUUGAUCAUUAGCUAUUAUAACUAAAUUUUAAACAUUAUUUUUCCUUAACAAAAAAAUAAAAGUGUUAGGAUUUAAGGUUAAAUUAUUAUUGAGAUACUUAAUAUUGAGAUAAUGACAAUUUAAUUUGUAAAGUGCAGUUUGUAUAUUGAAUAUUUUUAAAAAUAUUUAAAAUAUUUUAGUUAUAACUUUCUCAUUGCAUUAAAACGCUUGAUGAAUAACACACGUAUGAUUCGCUUCACUGACUAUAAAGAUAUAAAUUAUGUUCAUUUGUAAAAUUAUUCUAUGUGAGAAAUAUUACGCUAAAGGAAAAUGUUUAAAUUUAAUAACUUUAUUUUACUUACACGU